AUGAAAACUUUCAUUGGGUUUACAUUGUUGUAUUUGAUAUUGGCUAACUAAGGAAUUCAAUCAAUUUAGCCAGAUAAAUUACACCCCAUCUCUAAAAUCAUACUUGGAUUGUCAGAAGUAUAAGCAAAGGAUUUCAAUUUCUAAUAAUUAUUUGUUGCUCUAGAUGAAUUGGCAGAAUCUUUCUAAACCAGAAUUAAUGAGGAGAAUUCUUCAUAUGAACUUGAUCAGCAAUCUUACUUUUCAGAUGUCUAAUUCUAUGAGAAUUAAAUAAAUGACUUUAAGAACAAAAUUGCACAAUUGGAAAUUGAAAUCAAAGAAUUAGGUGAUGAGGGAUUACGCUUAUAAGCAUUUUUAACUGAAGCUAAUCAAGAUCUAAAUGAUGCAAUUAAACUAUUGGCCUAAAAGGAAUAAUAAAUCAACUCAGAUAAUUCUGUGUUUGAAUAGCAAAAUUCAGAAUAUGCUGAUACAAUCAAUAUUCUAGAUUAAGCCAUUGCCUUACUUAAUGAAAUCAAAGAUGAAACUUCAUUAAUCUAAAAAAAAGAACAUAUCAAGGAGGUAUCCUAAAAUAUGCAUAAAAGUAUGAAAAAAUUAUCAGCAAAAAGAGUAUUCUAUCAACCUUUAGUAAAUGUACUUGCAUAAUUAUCAUAAAACAACUAUGUAGAUUAGGAGAAUCUUAAAAAAGUCAUCAAUUUUAUGAAUUAACUUAGAUAAAAUCUGAUUGAUGCUUAAACAACCUUAUAAAAUCAACAUGAAUCAUAAUCUAAAUUAUAAUAAGAUAUACUAUCAGAAACAUAAGCUAAAGUCAGUGGAAUAUAAGACGUUUUGAUUCCAUUAUUAGGAACAGAAAUCUCAACCAAACAAUCUGAAAUUAGAGCAUUAAGUGCAAUAUUAUAAGAUGCUUAAAGUAAUUUAUCCGAUGCAUAAGAAAACCUUGUUGCAACUUAAAAUAGAUGGAUUGAAAAAACUGCAACACAUAACAAUUUAUUGUAACAAUACAAUAAUGAAUUAUUAGCUAUUAAAGAUGCUGAAAAUGCAUUAAAGAAAGGUGGUAUUUUUAGAUAAUGAUUUUUGCUUUAAACAAAAAUAAUUAUUAAAAAGUAAAAUUUAUAGU